GUCCAUGAAGGCAGCGCGGGCAGAACAACGGUUCACCGGGCGGUCGGACGCUUUUCUACCGGAUAGUAUACAGUGAGAAUGUUUCUAAGCUAUCGUUAAAACGUCCAGUAAAGGUUUCACAGUUUUUACUUUGUGUUUGUCUGUACGGCGAUGCUAAUACUAGCUCGCUAGCGGUGUUCCGUCGUGGCGAGUAGGCGGGUUUAUUUCUUUUUGUUUUAAACCGUAUUUGUGUUUACAGGAUCAUGUUUGAGAGUGAGCCGCGUUUGUUAGGCGGACCUCUGAGACACACCGGUGCCACUAAACGUCCGUUGCGUUAAAGAAAAUGAAAGCGGAGGGUUUUUAGAGGGGAGUGUGUCCCGACAUGACCAGGCUGGUCUGGAUGCUACUGGUUCUGCUGCCAGGUGACCAAGCGCUCCCACAGCCCUUCAACAUCAGCCUGACCCAGGGCUCUUCUGGUUUCACCCUCACAUGGGAGUCUGGACCAGGGACACCUCCAGGAACGUCCUACAAUGUCACCAGUCAGACAGAAAGUGGUGUCUCUCCGAGUCCAGUAAAGGGCUGCCAACAUGUCCAGAAACCUCUGACCUGUCUCCUGCCUUAUGAAUCCAUCGACCCACUGGAGAGAUACAUCAUCCAGAUCACAUCUUACCUGGAGGCUCAGAUGUCUCAGCCAGCAGAGAUCCAGUUCAAAGCUGUUGACCUUCUGGACCUGCCCCAGCUGACCCCUGUGUCCUGUGGGAGAAAUUUGUGUGUGGACCUGAUGCCGCCAUUCCAAAAUCUUCAGGAGACCUAUGACCAGCUUAAUUACCAGCUUCAGAUCAGUAGCAACAGCAGUGGAGGACCACAGGUCCUUAAAGAGUUCCGGUCCCUGACGAGACAGAAUCUGACGGUCCCGGUUCCUGGGAGGAUAUACUGCAUCUCCAUACGGUUUACAAACAUCAAGAACAUCAAAGGGUCCAUCUUCAGCCAACCAGUCUGUGUCUCCACACCUGCUUUGUUUCCUUUAGAUCAGCUCAUCUCGGCUACACUCUGCUUGUUAGUGACCAUGAUGGUGGUGGUUUUGGUUCUGCUGCUCUGGACCGGUUCCAUCUGUCUGAGACGGAGCCGAAUGCCGACCAUCCUGGUGAGUCACACGUCUGGAUGUUUUACUUUGGAUUGAUUGGCUGAUUCACGGAGAAUCCCUCGGAGGGGUGGGGUCCUGGAUAAAUAAAGAUUAAAGAAAUACCGGCGUGUGUUCAUGACAAGCUAGGUUUUCAGAUGCUUCUGCCAGAACCAGAAAUCUACAUUGCCAGAGGAAACGAGAUAGUGCUGGACACCAGUCACUGUUUUCUAGGUCCUAACAUCUUUUGUUGCCUGUAACUUCAAACGGUGAUUUUCUUUUUAGGACUGUGGUAGUUUGUCCUUAAGUUGAAGUGGUGUCAGCCGGCUGUUUCUCCUUCUCUGGUGUUAUUAAACAGAUAACCUCUCACACCAGUGGUGUUCUGCUGCUGAACACACGGGUGUGGAAGGACCCAGGGAAGUGCGGUGGUUCGGUGAGACCGACACCCGGAUGGAUGGUCCGAUGGUUGGUUUUGGUCUAAAACCUGUUGUUGGUGGAUGAUUUUAGACAAAACCACUUUAUUAUAUACAGUCCUUGGCAUAAAUGAGUACACCCCACUACAUUAGUCAGAAAACCUGUAGUUUCCUUUCAGAACCAACAUGUUCUACGAAACACCGAACCACUAAAUACUCCCACAAAUGCAGGCCAUUGAUUCUAAACAAGAGUUGUUCAUUUUCACACACAAAAACAUGAUUUUCCUAACAAAUCCAUUAAAUGAGUACACCCCAGUUCUAGUGUUGGGAGAAAAGCCACUUAAGACUACACAAUU